UCCCUAAAUUUAACCGUUAGACGAUCAUAGUCCCAUAUUUGGUUAUUGGGUCGACCCGUAUAAUACUAGCGGCCCCGACACCCAAAUCAAGAAACCAAAUCGAUUGUCUUGUUCAGAGUUGUUCUUCCGCUGCUUGCUGCUCAAUUCUCAAUUCUCAAUUCUCAAUUCUCAUCAUUUUCCUGCAGAAAUUGAUGAAAUCUUGAAGCUUACGAACGAUUUUACUCAUCAUAAUGUCCAUUGAAUCACACAAAUCCGUUCGUUUUCUGUGUUAAUUUUAAGGAAAUGGGUGUUGGGGGGAAUUUUUGGGAUUUACUUAAACCCUAUGCUCGAACAGAAGGGUUUGAUUUUCUGAGAAACAAAAGGGUCGCCAUUGAUCUAUCGUAUUGGAUUGUUCAGCAUGAAACCGCCAUUAAGGCUCACACUCGAAACCCUCAUCUCAGACUCACUUUCUUCCGUACCAUCAAUCUGUUCUCCAAGUUUGGUGCUUUUCCGGUGUUUGUGGCAGAUGGAACCCCAUCGCCAUUGAAGUCUCAAGCAAGGAUCAUGCGGUUUUUGCAAGCAUCUGGAAUUGAUCUUACAAGCGUGCAGCUGGCGGAUGGAACUUCUGUCGAAAGAAAUAGAAAGUUCUUAAAUUGCGUUCAAGAAUGCGUGGAGUUACUUGAACUUUUUGGAAUGCCGGUUUUGAGAGCGAGUGGAGAGGCCGAAGGACUUUGUGCACAAUUAAAUAGGGAAGGUCGUGUUGACGCUUGUAUUACCUCUGAUAGUGAUGCGUUCCUCUUUGGCGCCAAAUGUAUUAUUAAGCGCCUCAAGCCCAACUCUCAGGAACCAUUUGAGUGCUAUCAAAUGUCGGAUGUGGAAGGUGGCUUAGGACUAAAGAGAAAUCACUUGAUAGCCAUUGCACUUUUGGUCGGAAAUGACCAUGAUUUGAAAGGUGUACAAGGGAUUGGGAUCGAGACGGCGCUUUCUUUUGUGAAAUUGUUCGGUGAAGAUGAGGUUUUAGAUAGGCUACGUGAAUUAGGAAGCGGAAAUACGCUUACUAUGACUUAUGUGGAUGACUCUUCCCAUAACUCAGAUGUAAACACAACGAGAAUGAGGGUUUCUCAUUGUUCAUUAUGCGGACAUCCGGGAAGCAAGAGAUCUCAUCUAAAAGAUUCUUGUGAAUGUUGCAGUUCAAGUACGAUCAAAGGUUGCACACAGAAACCAAUCGGGUUUACAUGCGAUUGUUCCUCAUGUGAUAUGGAUAAGAAAGAAAAGGAGCAAACGAAGAAAGAAGCUUGGAAAACGAGAGUUUGCAAAAAAAUUGCUGCGGAGCCGAACUUCCCGAAUGACGCAAUCAUUCAGAUGUAUUUGAGCAACAACCACAGCAGUUUCACCGAUGCCGAACCGUUUAUAUCGUGGAAAAAUCCGAGUACGGAAAUGUUAGUUGAUUACGUAGCUUAUAAACUGAACUGGGAACCCUCGUUUAUCCGGCAAAAACUCUUUCCGCUUUUGUCCACCGUUUUCUUGAGAAAUAUAACCAAAAAUCAAGAAACCGAUUUGUUGUUUGGACAAUACGAGUUUGAUUUCAUUCAGAGAACGAAGAUGAGGUUCGGUCAUACGUUCUACGUGGUUAUUUGGAAAAAAUCUGCAAAAACAGUUGACAAUCGUAUCUAUGAGGCGCAUGCGGAAGAGGAGGCCGAAGUUGAAGAAGAUCUUGACGAAGUGGACCACGUGGUGGAUAUCUUCGAUGAACCGGAUGUCACCAACGUUCGUGUUGAUAACGGGUGCUUAACGACUGAUGAAAAUAGGGAUCUUGUUAUGGCUGCGUACCCCGAAAAGGUUGAUCAAUUUAUGCAAGAGAAGGAGUCGAAGGAAAUGAAAUCGAGGAAAAAAUCUAGAGCGAAAUCUCCGUCGACCACACCCGUGAAUUCAUCAUCGCCGACAUCAAGAAGACUUCAACUCAAUAUUACACAAUUUUUCCGUUCAUCUAAAGGAGAGUCGACCGAAAACUCAAAAGACAACGGUUCUUCUUCAGGAAAUCUAUCGAAAUCUGCUAGGCGUCGCCUUCUACUUGAAUAAUUCGUGAUUUUGUUGCUUGCGAUUUGUGAAUGUAGCGGUAAUCGAUCGUAAAUAGUUAGUUUGAUAGUAUUUGCUAGCGGAAUUUCUUGUUUACUCCGCAAUAUAGUUUCAAAAUUUGCCGUAUCUGUCUCUCUUUUGCAUGCUUUUAACAGGAUGUG